GAACGCGCACCUAGGACCAUCUCACAUCAUUCCAUAUCAAUACGCCACUGAAAAGAAAGAGUUAAUGUUAUUUUCGCCCUCAUGUUGCCUAGCAACACUGUUAAUCGAACUACCUGGCGUCGCGGAAGAAUGCUUUAUUGAUGAUAUUUGGCAUGACGUGGAACGCUGCAGGAACCAUGAACAUCACUGAUUUUCAGGAACUCUUGAUCACCCACCCUCACGAAUACAAGCACUGUAAGCUCAAACUGAAGAGACCCGACCUGGCGUACGCUAGACCCCUCGACGAGCCAAACAAGGUCAUCAAAAUAUCCGGAGUAGAUGAUGUGGGCAAGUCACUUCCGGGCGACGAGGUCUGUGUCCAGAUCCUGAGCAGAGAACUCCAUCAGGAGGAGGAGCUGUUGACCGGACGGGUCGUCAGAUUGCUGAGCAGAACUGAAAACAUGAUGUUCCUCUGUAGGAUGAAAACGAACAACCAGCAGCUGGUCACACCUCUGAGGGAAAACAUGUCCCAUAUAAAAAUCUUCCAGAAAACCCCGAAGAAAAUAGAUGUACGACGGUUUAAUCAGGGAUGUAAACUGUGGCUCCCAGACAGCUCGACAGACAUCGCUGAGGAUCAGCUGUUAAUGGUCAAGGUGUUGAAAUGGGAAAAUAAUCAUAAGUAUCCUCUCGGAGUGGUGACCAAAGUCAUCUCACAGCACGACCGCUGGAAAGAAAUGCUAGAGGUGGAGUUCGGAGUGACCGGCAAACCCCCGGCGGUGCAAUUUAAGAAGGGCGAAAACGAUAAGGAUGACGGAAUGGAUUUCCGCAACGAGACAACUUUUACCAUUGAUCCCGACGACGCCCAGGAUUUAGACGACGCCAUAAGUGUGACAGACAAGGGAGACACGUACGAGAUCGCGAUCCACAUCACAGACGUCGCCAGUUAUGUCAAAAUAAACAGCAAAGAGGACGAAUUCGCGAAAAAGCAGGGUCGCACCUUUUACCCUCCCCACGGCGAAAAGGAAGAUCCGGCGUUCAUGUUCUCCAGGGAAUUAAGCUCGAAAUAUUUGAGCCUCGUCCCUGACCAGGACAGAAGGGCCAUUUCCCUGAUUACAGUCACAGAUAAGAGCUUUAUCAUACAGGACAGUUAUUUAACUCUGUCACUCAUCAGGUCGGACGAGCGCCUGUCCUACAGGAAGGCAGACAAGAUCAUUCAGGAAUGUUGUCUGGACAAUAAGGAGCCCAGAGAUUUCAUCGCAGAUCCCCGUGUGGAAGAAUGCAUCGCUGUGGUUUACCGCUUCACCGAGGUGCACAGGAGGUGCCGGCUGCAGGGGAGCUGGAGCUCCGGACAGAUGAAGGGAGACAGCAGGGCCCACUGCAUGGUGGAAGAGCUCAUGAACCUCUACAACAGCCAAGUGGCUGAGAUGCUCCUCGACUCGGAUUUAACGAGAGACCUCACCCUGCUAAAGUGCCACCUAAAGCCCAAAUCCGAACUGCUUGAGAAUUUCAAACAGCAGUACUCCGCCCUGCUGCCCCUCUCUCUUCAUCUCUCUUCAUCGCCCCACGUCUGCGGAAGCGAAGACUCCCGUCAUGGACAGGAACUGGAAAUCAAUGUCAUCGCGCCCAUCUUCGAGCAGAUGGAAGCUUUGGCGGAGAGCGGGAAAUAUCACAGCCUGCUUUACUUCAUUUUGUCAGACGACAUCCAUCCGACGUUGCGUCCCAUGGCAAAGCAGUUCAUAGAGAUUCAAGAGAAAGCUCGGAUCUUGAGGUCCUCCUCCACCUGGUCUUCCAGAUUGGGACAUUUUGGUCUGCAGCUUAAUGCGUACACCUGCGCUUCUUCACCCAUGAGGCGUUACCUGGACCUGAUCCUCCAGAGGCUCCUCCACGCCGUGCUCCAAGAGAAACGAGAGCUCGAAUACGACAAGAACAACAUCGAGGAGUUCUGCGAAUACGGAAUGGAUAAGUCCGACUGCGCUAAGUACUACGACUUGGACGAGAAGGUCAAAUUCACUAAAUCCAGUUCCAGAGUCGUGACCAAACUGGCCAUCGUGGAGCGGCCCGAUCCGAAACAACACGAGUUCAGGAUCUCACUUCCUCUUGACAGAGUUCCGGAGAUUCCCAUCAUGUACAGGGACCUGAAAGUAGUCGAGCAGCCUGAAUAUAGCGCAGAGAGGGAAUCCGUCACCCUCCAGUGGAAGAGAAGAGUGUACUCGUUCACCGGCGCCCACAAGCCUCGGCCGAAGUCCAAGCUGAGCAGAAACGUCGUCUCGAUCUCAGCUACGAUCUGGAAAGAAAUGAUUUCCGCGGUCAAAGAUGAAAACUGGACGGAGGUCACAAACUGCAUUCGACGUGCAAGGAAAGCGGCCGACAAGAAACCUGACGUACCACCGACAGACGCUCAUCCCGAAAGCAUCGAGCAUUUCAAAAACUGGACCCUAGAACUGAAGUUAGGAGAAGUGCUCCAAGUGCAGCCUGGGAGAGAUGUGGUCAACAAAAUGACCGUACCUACAGUGAACCUUCUUAACAUCAGCCCGUCCUUCGAAGUCUGCGUGGAGCAUGCACGAAACCGGAUCAAGUGCUUCUCCACGGUCCACGACGACUGCGAAAAGUCAAAGACAAGCUACAAGAACGUCCAGGAGUACCAGAAGAUCUGGAGCAAGCUCUGCAAAAUGGACACGGUGUACAACGCUGUGGAGGAAAACAACAGCGUCAUCCUGGAGGACGUCAGCAUAACGUGGAAGGACCGCACGAAGCUCAAGGGUUACCUUCAGAUGACGCAGACGCAGAAGAAGGAAUGGUCCCUGGAGUUCGACCUGACGAACUGCUUCCUGUGCAUCAGGUUGAAGAUUAAGUCCGACGAGGUACAGGAGGAGACGGAACGCGACGAGAGCGGCGACUACGGUCUGCCUGACCUACAGAGGGCGCUGCCCUUCACAUGGGUCGCGCACGGUAUACCCGUGAUGUCCGGGGAGGAAAGAGAGAAGAACAAGAACCAGGAACAGCCCAUCAUCAAAAUACAUUUUCAGGUAAACGACCAGAAUAUGGAUGACAUUCCACCGAGGGUUUACGAGAAGGACACGAAAUUCACCGUGGAGGUCAUUCCGAAGAAAAUUCCAUACAUGCUACAUGAAAAUGCAGUUGCCCGCCUAAAACGUGCCAACACCCUGGUGAAGAAUAUUGCCACCGGAACACUGCCCCAGGAAAACCUCAUCAGAGAAGAUAAAGACCUCGCCCCGCUGGACCCCAGCUUUGGUCUGCCAACUUUAAACAAAAGUCAGAAGAAAGCUGUCCAGGAUGCUCUGCAGAACCCCUUCACUGUGAUCCAGGGACCACCAGGUACGGGGAAAACCGUGGUUGGUGUUAAUAUCGCAUAUCAGUUCUACAUGAAGAACAAGCUGGCUGAAAAGGAACGUCCAGAGCCGCCGAAAUCCUCCGCAGAUGAGAAGAAGCCAAAGAAAUAUGGCAUCCUGUACUGCGGACCCUCCAACAAGUCUGUGGAUACGGUGGCAGAGCAGCUGCUGAAGCUGAAACGAGUCCUCAAGCCACUUCGCAUCUACUGCGACCAAAUGGAGAUGAGGGCGUUCCCGUAUCCCGGCAGUGAUCUAAAGCUCUGUCGCAAAUCAUUCCGGGAUGAGGAACCAAAGGAGGAACUCAAGGAAAUCAGUCUGAUGUACCUGGUCCGAAAACCAGACAAUCCCUCCUCAGAGGAAAUCAAGGAUUUUGAAAAGGGAGGCACGGAAUUCGACAGUGAAAGGUACAGAAAGGUGCUGAGAGAGGCGCAGGUGCACGAGCUCAGGAAACACGACGUGAUCUUGUGUACCUGCUCGACGGCUCUCAAACCCAUCCUGAAGGAGAACAUGGACUUCCGACAGAUCAUCAUCGACGAGUGCGCCAUGGCUACCGAACCCGAGGCCUUCAUCCCUUUGGUCUCUCAUAAUCCGGAGCAGAUCGUGCUUUUGGGCGACCACAAACAAAUUCGUCCGAUCGUGUCUUGCGCCCGUGUUAAGGAGCUCGGCAUGGAGAUGUCACUCUUCGAACGCUAUAUGGCGCAGGCUGUGAUGCUGGACAUGCAGUACAGGAUGCAUGAAAGUAUCUGCGAGUUCCCCUCAAAUGAAUUUUACGAUGGCAAACUGAGGACCGGGCCUAAGAAACGACCCCGCGACCUGCUCAACGAGGAAAACGCCCCGACCGCCAUCCUGUUCGCUCACGUCGAGGGUAAGGAGGUCAGCCUGGCCGUUUCAACGAAAGACGGAAACGAAAAUUCAGUCUCCAACAAGGAGGAGGCCGAGCAGGCGGUUCGAGUCGCCGAGUUGUUGAUCAGGGAUUCCUGCGUGAAACCCGAGGACAUCGCCAUCCUGACGCCGUACAACACCCAGAUUUUUACCAUCAAGAAGAUCCUGGAGGAGAAGAAGGCCAAGUGCAGGGGCAUCGAGGGCAUCAGCGUCUGCACAAUUAUGAAGAGCCAAGGUAGCGAGUGGCCCUACGUGAUCAUAUCUACAGUGCGUUCCUGCCCCCGUGAAGAGAUACCAAAAGCAGCGAACCCCUGGAUGAUGCGGAAGAAACUGGGAUUUGUGACCGACCCGAACCAGGUCAACGUCGCCGUCACGCGGGCACAGCAGGGGCUGUGCAUUCUGGGAAAUCGUGACUUACUGAAGUGUGAUAAACUCUGGUACAAACUCCUCAAUCACUACCAGAAAGAAAACUGUGUCCUGAAUUCAGCCGACCUCAUCAAAGUCCAAAAAGUGAGGAAACGUUAAACCUGAAAACAGAAAUCAACUCACUGACCAUCACAGUCGUCCUGAGUAAUGCUGACCAGCACUAAUGAAGGGGACCUGAAUUUAUUAAGAAACUAAACCGUCUGUACAGCAGAUUACACAGAUGCUUCAGGUGUAAUGUUUUAUACUGUAAAUAAAACCAAGGUUUUUA